ACUAAAGAAACGAAGCAAACAAGCCAACCAAGGAUGACACCUCCAUUAUCUUUCAAUUCUAUUCCUUGAGUAAGCUCCAAGCCUCCACCACCUGCUUCUUUCUUUCUUUCUUCUUCUUCUUCUUCCACCAUGGAAAAACAUCAACAUGGGUUCUUGCUAAUCUUCUUCAUUGUAAUUUCUCUUGGCCUUAUGUCUUUCAUUUCUUGUAUUAUUGCAGAGUUCAAGAAAGCCAAGGAAGAUGAAAUGAAGUUGGAUAAUAAACUGUGUUAUUUGCCUGAAAGUGAAGCUUUCAGCUAUGGAAUUGCAGCACUAGUAUGCUUGGUCAUUGCUCAAAUCAUUGGAAAUUUGUUAAUCUGCAGCAAUUUUUAUUUCAGAAAGGAUGAAGAUUCUUCCAAAGCUAAGAAACCAAAGAUUGCCACAGCAUUUCUUGUUUUUUCAUGGACGUGCUGUGGGGUCGGAGUGAUAAUAUUAAGUGGAAGCAUAAGCAUGAGCAGAAAGCAGAUGUAUGGAAAAGGCUGGUUGAACCAGAAAUGCUAUGUGGUCAGAGAUGGAGUGUUUAUUGGGUCUGGUUUUAUAGCUUUGAUUUCAAUAGCAGCCACACUUGUCUCUGCUUUCUUCCCCAUUGCUACACUGAAAACUGAACAACCCACAAGAAUACAUGCACAACUUGUAUAAAAAUUAAAAAAAAAAAAAGAGUAAAUUAUAUUUUUAAGAUAUGAUGAAAAUUAUAAUUUAAUUCAUUUAUUUUUAAACAGAAAUAAGUUAAUCUCCAAAAUAUUUUUUUU